UUAGACGGUUUUUGAGAAAUAGGAAAAUAAUGAGCGAGAUCAAUUCAUCAGACUUCAAUAUAGUGAAAGAAGGAAAAGCUGAAAUUCUUUUCCCAAAGAAAGAGGAUGUUUUUUAUAACCCAGUUCAACAAUUUAAUAGAGAUUUAAGUACAGCUGCCAUUAGAGCUUGGUCUGAAUUAUAUGGAGAGAAAAACUUGAAUAAGAAGAGAAAAUUGAAUAGUGACGAACCUGCUAAUACUGAAAUCAAACCAUAUAUCAAUAUUUUAGAAGCUUUAUCAGCAACUGGUUUAAGAGCUAUUAGAUAUGCUAAAGAAAUCCCAAAUGUAAAACAAAUCAUUGCUAAUGAUUUCAGUCAAGAAGCUGUCAAUUCAAUCAAUAGAAACAUUCAAUACAAUGAACUAAAAUCCAUCUUGAAAUCAAAUAAAGGUGAUGCAAAUGCCUAUAUGUACGAAUCAAAAGCCAAUAAUAGAUUAUUCCAUGUCAUUGAUCUUGAUCCUUAUGGUACAGCUACUCCUUUCAUUGAUGCUGCUAUUCAAAACAUUGCAAGUGAUGGGUUGUUAUUAGUCACAUGUACUGAUCUUGCCGUUUUGGCAGGUAACGGAUAUCCAGAAAAAUGUUAUGCUUUAUAUGGAGGUACAAAUUUAACUGGAGAUGCAGUUCAUGAAUCAGCAUUGAGAUUAGUCUUGAACAUGAUUGGUACUACCGCUGCUAAAUACAAGAAAACCAUUGAACCAUUAUUAUCAUUAUCAAUUGAUUUUUAUGUUCGUAUUUUCAUCAAAGUUAAAACAUCACCAAUUGAAGUUAAGAAUUUGGCAUCAAAGACAAUGAUUUCAUAUGUUUGUUCUGGAUGUGGAGCUCAUCAUAAUCAACCUUUAGGUAAACACACCACUAGAGAAAAUGGUACUGGGAAAUAUAGUUUAGCACAAGGACCACCUGUAGGACCUCAUUGUCCAUAUUGUGGUUUCACAAAUCAUUUGACAGGUCCAAUGUAUUCAGGUCCUUUACACAACAAGGAAUUUGUUUCCAAAAUUUUAGAUAUAAAUGAAAAGCAAUUGGAUGAUGAAACUUAUGGUACAAGAAAAAGAAUCGAAGGUAUGUUAACUUUAGCAUUAAAUGAAGUUGAAGAACCUUUCUAUUUCAAGCCUGAAAAAAUUGCAUCUGUUUUGAAAUGUCAAGUCCCACCAUUGAAAAUUAUCAUUGCGGGCUUAGGUAAUUUGGGAUAUGAUGCUUCAUUAACACAUGCUACACCAUCAGCAAUAAAGACAAAUGCAAAUUGGGAUGUCCUAUGGGCAGUUUUCAAAGAGUAUAUAAAGACUCAAGCACCAAAUGAUGUUAAUAAAUUGAAUCAAAACGGAGCAGGCUACAAAAUCUUAACUAAUGAAUCUAUAAAAUUGGAAGGUAAAGAAAUUAGUUUUGUGAAAAAUGAACUCAGUGGAAAGAUUGAAAAAUUAAGAAAGUUGAAAAUUGUCAGAUAUCAAGAAAACCCAACAAAGAAUUGGGGUCCAAAGGCUAAACCUCAAUGA